AUGAUAUACCAUGGCAUUUCUUGUGAAUUUUGUUUGCAAUCCGACCUGUUCUAUAUUCUCAAUCUGCUAAUCUUGUCUUCGUCAUCUACGGGGAUAUCUUUGAUACUGAGCACGAAAAUUGUGAAACCAGAUCUUGCUUCAAAGAGUCUCCUUCCUGGGUGGAGAGAGUCUCCUUCCUGGGUGGAGAGAGUCUCCUUCCUGAGUGGUACACAGAUAAAGGUUAUUAGAUUAACCGACUUUGGCACAAGAGGUGCUGAUGCUAAUAACAUCUUUUACGUGAGAGGAAUAGAUGACGCUGAUGAACUCGUGAAAACAAUCAACACAAUGAAAAAUGGAAAAGUUGUGGUUGUCGGUGGUGGAUAUAUCGGCCUGGAGCUAAGUGAAGCUUUCAGAAUCAACAAUAUCGAUGUCAGUAUGGUCUUCCCAGAACCUUGGUGCAUGCCCAUGCUUUUCACUGCCGGAAUAGCUGCUUUUUACGAAAGUUACUAUACGAACAAGGGAGUCAAUAUCAUUAAGGGCACUGUAGCAGUUGGAUUAGGCGGCAAUGGCAACGGGGAGGUGACAAAUGUGAAGCUUAAGGAUGGCAGGGUACUGGAAGCCGACAUUGUCGUUGUUGGUGUAGGUGGCAGACCACGCACGACAUUAUUUAAGGGCCAAAUCGAAGAGAAAAAGAGUGGCAUCAAGACAGACUCUUUUUUCAAAACGAGUGUGCCUGAUGUGUACGUGGUGGGUGAUGUUGCUACAUUCCCGUUGAAGCUGUAUAAUGAAAUUAGAAGAGUCGAGCUUGUUGACCAUGAUCGUAAAUCGGCUGACAGGUCGUGA